AUGACUUUCAGCCGCUUCUUCCCAGGUUCUGCAGACAGUGAUAGAGGACAAGACGCAGAGAUGCAGGCUCCUCGAGAUGGGACCGCCGUUCUGCCAGUCGGGGUGAACGCCACGUUGACUCUGGCUGCAGAAUCUCUCGUCGUCCAAGGCGUUGCACGAACUACACGAUCUAUUCCUUACUUCAAUAUCCUCUGGGCUGACAUAUCGGAUAACCAUCUCAAUAUCAAGUACGCCAACCCUCGAAAUAAACAUGACGUCGGCCUUGCAACGAUCUGCUACAGUGUCGAACGCACACAGCUUUCGAAGGCGGAGACAUGGGUGUCAACAUUACUGGAUUUAUCAUAUGGAGAGGCACAGAAGAAAAAGCGGAUAAAGGUGCUGGUAAACCCGUUUGGCGGGAAAGGGAACGCAUCCAAGAUAUACAACAAGGAAGUCGAACCGAUAUUCGAAGCAGCCAAGUGUGUAAUCGACACACAGAAAACGGAAUACUCUGGCCAUGCCGUUGACAUUGCCGAGAAACUCGAUGUAGACGCAUGGGAUGUCAUUGCCGCCUGUUCCGGUGACGGCGUAAUCUUCGAAAUAUUCAACGGCCUGGGCAAGAAGGAGAACGCAGGCGAAGCCCUUGCGAAACUGGCCGUUGCCCACAUUCCCUGCGGCUCUGGCAAUGCGAUGAGCCGGAAUCUCAACGGCACAGCAGGGCCUAGCAUGGCUGCGCUUUGCAUCAUCAAAGGCUUGCGCACUCCCCUUGACCUUGUGUCGAUCAGCCACGGACAACGACGAACCCUCUCUUUCCUCUCUCAGGCCUUUGGCAUCAUUGCAGACUCAGAUUUGGGUACAGACAACCUUAGGUGGAUGGGGCCUGCUCGUUUCACAUUCGGCUUCUUAGUAAGGUUGUUCGGUAACACGGUAUAUCCAUGCGAUGUGGCGCUCAAGGUUGAGAUUGACGACAAGAAACACAUCAAAGAACACUACAAUGCCAUUGUGCAGAAUAAGUCCAACACAGAACCCCGCGAAGAGGUACCGGCAUCGGGCGGCCUUCCGCCUCUCAAAUAUGGCCUCGCAACAGACCCUAUCCCAGACGAUUGGAUGAGAAUUUCGCAUGAUAAACUCGGCAAUUUCUACUCUGGGAAGAUGGCGUUCAUGGCUCAAGAUGCCAACUUCUUCCCCGCCUCGCUUCCAAACGAUGGUUUCUUAGACGUCAUCAUGAUCCGAGGUGAUAUCAGCCGAUUAACUGCGAUACAGAUGCUGGGCGCACUGGAUGACGGGGAGCUCUUCGACUUGCCCGACGUGCAUGCACUAAAAAUAUCAGCAUUCAGGAUCACCCCCCGCAACCAGGAAGAUGGCUACAUCAGCAUCGAUGGGGAACAGAUCCCCUACGAACCAUUCCAGGCUGAGGUUCAUAGGGGUCUCGGCACGGUGAUCUCCCGGUCCGGCUACAAGUAUGAAACCGGCAAGGGAUCCUAA